GUUGUGAAAGUCACAAUUUUGCAAUUAAACUUGAAACACAACUCUGUACCAUGAACUCUCUAUUCGAUCUCCUGCUCUUCCUGUUCUUCUUCCUAGUUCUCCCAUUUGUUUAUAAUGCCGAAUCCGCCGAUCCCUUGGGCCAAUUCUGCAACCAAGCCACCGUCAUCAGCAAGGCCAGCCCGAUUUCUUCGAACAUCGACCGUGUACUGACCGAGUUGGUAACCAAAGCCCCAUCAACCGGCUUCCUAACUGCAUCUUAUGGCUCGGGCUAUGACAAGGUAUAUGGCCUAGCGCAAUGCAGAGGAGACGUGAGCCAAGAUGACUGCUCGAGCUGCAUCCAAGACGCGGGCAAGCAAAUCCGCCAGCUCUGCCCGGACCAGGCCGAUGCAAGGAUCUGGUAUGACUUUUGCUUUCUACGGUACGACAACAAAACUUUCAUCGGUGAGCUCGACACGUCAUUUGGUAUAUUUUAUUACAACGUCGAGAACGUGACCGACCCUGAAAAGUUCAAUAAAGAGCUAGGGAGCCUGACAGACCGGAUCGAGGCCGACGCGGUCGUGCCUGAGAACAGAGGGCUCGGGAAAGGUGAGACUAAGCUCACUCCAUUCAUCACUCUCUACGCAUUGGUCCAAUGCACCAGAGACCUGCCCCCGCUGUCCUGCGCUCAGUGCUUGGCCAUCGCCGUCGGGAAUUUCCCAAAUUUCUGCAAUAACCGGAAGGGCUGUCGAGUACUGUACAGCAGUUGUUACGUCCGAUACGAGCUCUAUCCGUUCUUCUUUCCGCUCGACAGAAACGACAGUAACAUUGCGAGCGGGGAAACCAUAAAGAAGUUGGUCUAUCCAUAGACAACAACAUCUACACAAAUCUCUUGCUGCUGCCAAAGUUACCUGUUUGUGUCCAAUAAUAGAUUCCACAGCAUAAUGCGCAUUGCCUCUGUACUAUAGAAGGGCAUCACAAUGAUAGUUUCUUCAUAUGGUCCAACGAUUAGGCAAGGAGUAUAGACAAAACCAGCCACAUGAAGUGGCUUCCUUUUAGCUCCCACUCAAUAAAAAGCAGUAGGUCCUGUGUGAUCCAUGACCAUACAUGAGAGUGGGAUUUUGCCACUGAUGUUUGCAAUGAUUCACAGAAUAUUCCCUUCCCAUUCCCCUCAUACAUUGUUCACCAGAAGCAGCAAUGAGUGCAGAGGAAAACCAAAAAGAACGACAAAUUGUCUGCAAUGGUCCAAAAGAUAUUGUCCAGAAGCAGUAACAAGAAG